AUUUUAUAGGCCCAUGUAGCGAAGAGGGUGAUGAAUAGCAUAAAAGCAGAGAAGAGCAAAAGACAGUGUCGGAUAAACUGGGCAUAAAACUUUCCUUUCGUCGUCGCUGCUUACUUGCCGUCGUCAUCGUCGAUGCAAGUCUCCUUAUUCUCCUGCAUGGCAUCUGUCAAACCAAACCCUAAUUAAGUCGAUUCUAUUAUUGUUCACAGGUGAAAGAGGAUGAGCAAGUCUUCUGCAGGGGAAGGUACAUCCUCAAAAGCGAAAGCUGGAACCUCACAGCCGGCGGAAACUUCAUUUAAGCGCAAGCGUGGAGUCUUCCAAAAAGAAUUGCAGCACAUGAUGUAUGGUUUCGGAGAUGAUCCCAAUCCUCUUCCAGAGAGUGUGGCUCUCAUGGAGGACAUUGUGGUUGAAUACAUUACAGAUAUGGUACAUAAAGCCCAAGAUACUGGAUCAAAUAGGGGAAAGCUAUCAGUGGAGGAUUUUCUCUACCUAAUCCGCAAGGAUUCUCCAAAACUUAACCGCUGUAAAGAAUUGCUGUCUAUGAAUGAAGAGCUAAAGCAAGCAAGGAAGGCUUUCGAGACAGAUGAAGAGAACCUGCGGAAAGCUUUUGAGGCGGAUGAUGAUAAACUGGGAUCAACAGAAUAAUAUCUACUGGGUGUUCUGUUUAACUUUCCUACAGAUUAGUAUCUUCUUUAGGCUGAUGAUUUUGCUGUACAUCGUAUGUUUGGUUAAACAAAUCUGACUAUGAUGCCUAAACUUAAUUCCCUACUUGCACACAGUUGGUUUGAUCCCUACUGUGUUGCUGAAACUUUGUCCAAAACUUGGUCCUUUACUUUAUAUGUUGGACAUUUUCAUGUCCAAGGAAAAUGGCCAAAGUUCCCCUUAUUGAA